UAAGCUGGAUGCUACAUAAGAUCUUAAAAGCCCACUCUCUAGUUGCUGUCAGCUUGCUUAGCUACAUAUACCUCUUGGGUGGAUUAAUAAUCAACUUUCUACAGUUAUUAACAUUCAUAUUUGUGAAAACACUAUCUGCAAAAUGGGGAAGGAAAAUUAACGGUUAUUUGCAAGCUUCCCUUUUUUCUGUAUUUACAUUUGUUGUGGAAUGGCACUGCAACUGCAACAUCCGCUUUUUCUGCCUUCCAGAGGAUGUGAAGAACAUAACCCGAGAACAUUGUCUUUCUAUCUGUAAUCACCGCGGUGAGGUUGACUGGUUGUUGGGGUACGUGGUAACAGAAAGACUGGAUUGUCUUAGGGGCUGUAAAAGUCUGAUAAAGAAGGAAGCUAAGUAUCUGCCAGUGGUUGGUUGGAAGAUGUGGUUUAGUGAUUACUUGUUCUUGUCAAGAAAUUGGGUGAAAGAUGAGGAUACCAUCAGGAACACAUGCCAAACUUGGGCCAGCUACGAUCCUCAUAUCAACAACAACUUCUACGUGUUGUAUGCUGAAGGAACACGCUUUACACUCGCCAAACACGAGGCUUCCAUCAAGUUCUGUGAACAACGCAGCAUUGAACCCUUCCGGAAUGUACUUUAUCCCCGUACCAAGGGGGCCGUUGAGGUUAUUUCUCGGCUUGGGGAAUCAUUGGAUUGUGUAUACGAUGUGGUGUUUGCGUUUCCCGGCCCUGACAUCCCCGGUACGUGGAGCAUGUUAUCGGGAAAGAGCACAAAUGUGGACGUGUAUUUCAGAAGUCGUUUUAUUGACUAUCCGUCGCGGAGUAGAGUCAGCGGCGGAGCCGCCGGACUCCGACGCGGACUCCGGCGUGCUCCGCUAAAAUGUAUUGACACUGGAUCGAGUCUUUUUGGCGGACUCCGAGCGGAGCGAGCGGACUCCGAGCAGGGGACUUCCGAGCGGCUUUAA